AUGUAUGUGGCAAGACACAUGCAGCAUCCGACAGAACAAUACCCUAAGCAGCUGCAACAGUCUUUGUCAUCGCCAGCUGCCCUCAGCAAAUCUCCGGCAGCUACAAAGUCGAGCGAAAAACCAGAGCGUAAAAUGGCUAAUCGAGAUACGGAGCAGAAACGUCGUGACAUGUUCAAGGCGAGCAUCGAAGAUUUGCGUUUAGAAGUGACCAUGCAGUUGAAGUUCCAGAACAAGCAGGCGGGAAAUCUUACUACUUUACCACACCCCCAAACCUACACAAAAGCUGAAGUUCUCAGAGAGGCUGUUGACUGUCUCAAAUGGCUUCAAGAUCGUUACACGGAAGUAUUACAGCAGAAGCACGAACUUCAACUGAAAACCAGUUGUGGACUUUCAAUCGCCAAGAUUCAAGAACCCCCGGACGCAGAUGCGUCUGAACCAGAAAAAAACGGAACUACGUUAACAAUGCCCAUUUGA